CAUAUUAAACGCGCUGUGCUGUGCGGUGCCGGGACAAAGUUCAGAUGAGAAUCAUCGGACAACAGCGUAACUAAUGACACGUCUGAGCGAAAUCAUGGAAAAACAACCCAGAUUGUUGUCCUCGAAGCUUUUUCAGAGGCACAGACAGUUUGAAGUUGUUCUAAACCGCAGUGUUUUGGCUUGGAAGGAAAUAGAGAGAAACAGAAAACGAAGCUCAGGCAUCAGCAGUGUAUCUGAGACAGCGCACAGUCAUGCUGUUCAGGUGUGUGAAAUAGUGGCUGUCUGCAAGACUGAGGAAGACAACCACGACGACGCAAAGACCAGGAGUCAGAAAAAAGCAAAGCAGCUCUCCCAGGUGUAUCCUCAUGCAUUUACAGUUUCGUAUGUGCGAAGGACAAGGCAGCACCAGUGGCGGUGUAGCGAUGUCACCUUCCACUGCGCCGAUCAGGCGCUCUGUGAGCAGUGGAUCCAAGCUAUCAGUGAGCAGCUGUCACUUCUCACCAACCGACCGAAGAACCUUCUGGUGUACAUCAAUCCCUAUGGUGGGAAGCGGCGCGGGAAGCGUAUUUAUGAGCAGAGGGUGGCUCCGCUGUUUCGCCGCGCCUGCAUCUCGGCCGAUGUGAUUGUUACAGAGCGUGCCAAUCACGCCAGAGACCACUUGAAAACAGAGGCCAAUCUCGAUAAAUAUGACGGGGUGGUGUGUGUGGGUGGAGAUGGGAUGUUCAGCGAGAUCCUGCACGGCUUGGUCACCAGAACCCAAACUGACCACGGUGUGGACCAGAACCAACCAGAUGCACAGUUGGCGCCCUGUUCUCUACACAUAGGGAUCAUUCCUGCAGGGUCCACUGAUUGUAUCUGCUUUGCCACAGUGGGAACCAACGAUCCAGUUACUUCUGCUUUACACAUCAUUGUGGGUGACUCCCAGCCGAUGGACGUGUGCUCGGUUCACCACCACGACGUCUUCCUCAGAUACUCGGUCUCGUUGCUUGGCUACGGUUUCUAUGGAGAUGUACUGACAGACAGCGAGAGAAAGAGGUGGCUAGGUCCUGCUAGAUAUGACCUGUCAGGGGUAAAAACCUUUCUGAACCACAACUACUAUGAAGGCACCAUCUCCUUCCUCCCCGCCGAGGGCGACACGGGCAGCCCCAGGGACAAGCUGCAGUGUCGAUCCGGGUGCCACGUCUGUCGGCACAAGCCCUCAUCAAAGGACAAGCAGAGGGAGGUGUCAGGGGAGAAGGAAAAGUCUGAAAAAGAAGACAGCAGUGGUUGGAGCGUGAUCCGUGGAAAGUUUAUCGCCAUUAAUGCAGCCAGUAUGAGCUGCGCGUGUCCCCGCAGCCCAAAAGGCCUGUCGCCCUCCGCCCACCUCGCUGACGGCACCACAGACCUCAUCCUCGUCAGGAAGUGCUCGCGUUUGGACUUUUUCCGACACCUCCUUCGACACACCAACAAAGAGGACCAGUUUGACCACUCGUUUGUGGAGGUCCACCGGGUAAGGACGUUUCGUUUCCAGCCUCUGCACCAGGAACUGACUUCGCUAGAAGACCUGAACGAGACUCCAAAGAAGAACAGCUUCAGUCCCAUGUGCUCUGGCCAAACGACCUACAGCUACAGCAAAGCCCACAGCAGCUGGAACUGUGACGGGGAGAUCCUGCCUCACGCUGCCAUCCAAGUCAGUGUCCAGUGCCAGUUGAUCAGACUGUUUGCCCGCGGUAUCGAGGAGCAGCAGUGUGUGUUUGAAGACCCUUGUACACUGUGGGGCCUGGAGCCAAGCACACACUAGUCUGUGGGCUGAGAGCUGGACUGGACAUUUAGCCGCCAGAAAACAAAACACUGAGUUGCACUUGGCAACAUUUUCCUGGAAAAAUACAUGCAUCACAUCAGUGUAAACCCCAAAUGCUGGCAUCCCGUCUCUCUUUAGUGAAACGCGCAGGAAGUGAUGGAAUGAAACUUAAAGCUACGAUAAGAAAAUGACGAUAGACAGAUGCUGCCACCGGCCAUAAAAAAAAGUAAAGAUGGAGAUCCAAAGAAGCCUUACUGAAGACCACAAACUUCAGUUAUCUCCUCACUAAUAUUUUUUUUUUCCCGGACAUUUUUGGAAAAUGGAGAUGCUGAAGCCGAGAGGAUCUCAGUCAGCCUGGAUGUUCACACGGCCACAUGUAACAGAGCUGGACUGGACUGAGCUGGACUCGGCCACAACAAUCAGCAAAAGGUUUCCAUUCUGCCAUGAAGGAGAAGGCAAAUAGGAUUUCACCCUACACAGAGAAGAAAGGCAGCCAAGGAGAUACGGAUUUGUAAGAAGGAUGAUGAAAUAAAUGCCUGUGAAGUACACUGAUAAACUAAAAAGUCUUAAAAUGCCAGGCCUGCACAAAAAAACCCCAAAAAAACAAAAAACAAAACACAUACACUUGCAAUCUGAUCUUCCCUUUUUAGGAAAAAAAAUCAUUUCUUCAGUGACCCAGGUGAAAGCAGAUAUGAGCCAGGGGCACUAAUGAAAAGAGCUGAAUACCCUACUAAUGCACUAACAGGACCCCGGUGGCUUCUGGGUAAUAAGGCAAAGUGGUUGCUAAGUGAUUUGGUGUGUCUCAGCACUGUUGUGCCGCACCUGUGGCUCUGAGCUCUCCUUUGGCUAAAAACUACCAACAGUUCAGGCCUCACCUGGGAUUAUCCUGAAUUAUAGAUUGUUAACGUUAUUAGGGAAGAUCUAUGAAAUUAGUUUCAUUUAGCUCCUUUUAGCUGUAGGUCAAGCUGGUCUUGACAUGUCUCAAGAAAGGUUUAUUUUUCGUAACAUAAUAAUAAUUAAAAAAAAUAAAAUAAAUAAUAAUAAUAAUACAUUAGGGUAAGGUAUUUGUGUGUGUGUUUGUGUGUGCGCAGAGUUAACGGUGGUUUCCUCAGUCCCUUUAGAGGAGUGCAAUCACUGUAGUGUGCAUGUGUGUGUGUGUGUGUGUGUGUGUGUGGGUGCCAAUGUGAUAAGUUAGCUUUAUCAUAAUUAGCCUCAUGGCCGCCAUUUUGCAGAUGUUCUCUCACUGCAGCCAACACGCUGCUAACACAAGCAUCUAUAGAUGAGCAGAGACAGAAAAGCACUCACACAUUUUCUGUCUUUCUAUAAUGCUGUUUAUGAUAUUCAGUGUCCUUCUGCUU